AUGGAAAAAAUUCACCAAUAUUAUUUUCAACAGCCAAAUAAAAAUAUCGAAUUUAACUCGGAAAAUAUAAACAAUUUAAUACAAAAUAAAAAAACAAUUAAAAUAACUCCACAAAAAGGUUAUGUAAUAAAGACAUAUGAAAAAAAUGGAGAAAAAGUUUAUUUUAAUAUAUGUUCUUCUAGCUUAAUUUCAGAAUUUCAUUUUAAAAAAAUACCGGAUUUAAAUAAUCAAGAGGGAUUAAGAAUACCUUUAAGUAUAGGCGAAGAAAAAAUUAAAGAAGAUAAAAAAGGAAAUAAAUACAAGACUUAUGAUAUUGUCCUUAAUACCAAAGUUGUUACACAAAGUAAAACUGAUUCUCAUUUAAAAAAAAUUAUAGCUGAACUAGUUCAAGCAGCUAUAAAAAAUAAAUACAAAACAGAAACAUGUGCAAACUUGUAUUUUUUUCCUGAUCAUAAAUAUAAAGGUAAUUAUCCAGAGGAUCAGUUCAUAAAAGAUGAUCAACAACAUAAAUUUGAAAUUGUAGAAGAAGGGGACAAGAAAGAAAACAAUGUAAACACUAAUAAAGAUGAACUGGUUGAUAUACAAAAAUUAUUAACAGUAAAACAACCACAAUGGGAUAUGUGGUUUGUUAGUAAAAAUGUACUUGAUGAAAAAUAUAAAACAAUGAAUAAAUUUUAUAUACCAUACAUACGUAUGUUUCCGCUAGACAAUGCAAUUUAUGCUUUUGAUUUUAAACCCCCAUUUUUAAAUACUAAUGAAAGAAAAAAAAGUUCCAAUACAAACUUUAGAUCGUUUUUGAAUGACUAUAAUAUAGAUUUAGAUGAUGAGUUUUUAUCCUACGAACAAGUUGAUAAUAAUAUUUGUGUUAUUCAAAUUCAACUUCCCUUUUUUAUUUUUGCUCAACGUAGUUUGAAAAGUUCAAUUGAUAUCUUUCCUAUUCGACAGUUUAUGAACAUGUACAUAAGUGAUGAAUGUUUGAAAAUUCUUUUCAAAAAAUCACCACUUUUUCCAGUAGAAUAUAAUCCACCAUACAAAGAUUUCACUAUUCGUUUUCCUUUUCAUUAUAAAUCAUCAAAAGUUAUAUCACAAUAUUUAGAAAAAUAUACCUUGUUAAAUGUCAUAAUACCUGUCACUAAAAAUAGUGCAUCCUCAAUAAUAUUUAAAGAAGUUGCUAAAAAUAUAAAUGAUAAUCCUUCUUCAGAUGAAGAUGAAUCUAGUUGUGACUCUAUAUUUUGA